CGCUACCAGCAGGUCAGGCGGGACGUCAACCCUGAGGACGCGUGGCUGGUGCUGGGCGAGUUGGGCGACGGCGCCUUCGGCAAGGUCUUCAAGGCCCAGAACAAGGUGACGGGGGCCCUGGCCGCGGCGAAGGUGAUCACCACGCCGAGCGAGGAUGAGCUGGAGGACUACGUGGUGGAGAUCGACAUCCUGGCGUGCUGCGACCACCCCAACAUCAUCAAGCUGCUGGACGCGCUCUACUGGGACGGGCGGCUCUGGAUCCUGGUGGAGUUUUGUGCAGGAGGCGCUGUGGAUGCUGCAAUCUUGGAGCUGGAGAAAGGCCUCACCGAGGAGCAGAUCCGAGCAGCCUGCAAGCAGCUGCUGCUGGCGCUGCAGUACUUGCACGGCUGCAAGAUCAUCCACCGGGAUGUGAAGGCUGGGAACGUCCUGCUCACCCUGGAUGGGGACGUCAAGCUAGCUGAUUUUGGUGUCUCUGCCAAAAACUCCAGCACUUUCCAGCGCCGGACAUCCUUCAUCGGCACCCCGUACUGGAUGGCCCCUGAGGUGGUGCAGUGUGAGACGUCCAAGGAGAACCCCUAUGGCUACAAGGCUGACAUCUGGUCCCUGGGCAUCACGCUGAUCGAGAUGGCGGAGAUGGAGCCCCCUCACCAUGACCUCAACCCUCUGAGGGUGCUGCUGAAGAUCACCAAGUCCCAACCACCUACCCUGCGUCACCCCAAGAGGUGGUCUGAAGACUUCAAGGACUUCUUGAGGAAAUCCUUGGAGAAGAGCCCUGAGGCACGGUGGUCGGCCAGCCAGCUCCUGCAGCAUCCCUUUGUGGCAGACGUCUGCGACAAGCGGCCACUCAGAGAGCUGGUGGCUGAGGCCCGGGCUGAUGUGCUGGAGGAGUUUGAAGAGGAGGAGGAAGAACGGGCCCUGCCGCCUGGGCAAGAGCACAGAGGCUCUUUCUGCCUCCUAUCCACCAGUGAGCUGGAGAGAUCUCUGAGCACCACCAGCGAUGGAGCAGUGCUGCCAUGCCUAGCUGUGGGACAGGGGCAAAGGCUGGUCGCGGCUCCCAUUGCCCCACACGAGGACACACAAGACUUGAUGGAGCAGGCUGGGAAGCUCAGUGAGGGGCAGGAUGCCCACCCUGGCGUCCAGGGGGAGCCAGGAAAGAGCGCCCUCCACAUGCGGCCCAAGAAAGCAUCCGACUUGCUGAAGCAAGCGAGAAGGAAAUCUACGCCCAUCCUGGCGAGCUCCCUGAGGCUCCCUCCAAAAAGACCAUCUGAAUUCCUGAAGCUGAUGAGGCGCCGCUCAUUUUUUGGAGGGUUCAAGUCCCGUGAAGUUGCCAGUGAGCAGCGUGGGGCGGACAGAGGGGAGCUGAGCGGGGAGCAGCCCCCUGAGCAACUCCUGAGUGGGCCAGGGUGGAUGGUGCUGGAUGCCCUCCAAGUGACACCAGCUCAGGCGGAGGUGGGAGAAGAAGUUAAAGGGUGUCAAGAGGAGCCCAACGCUCUGGAGAAUCUGUCCAAGACAGCAGAGCUCCUCCUGGGGACAAGUCAUGCAGGAAACACUGCUGAAAUGCAAGAGCAGAAAGUGGAGUGGGUCGGAACUGCAGCAGAGGGACAGCAAACAGCUGCUGCAGCCCAAACAAACCCCAUUUUGCCCCCAGAAAGUGAUGCUGGAGACCAGUUAAGGGGAGACCCAACUUGCAAUUCAUUGACCUUGCCCCAAGAUAAAGCUGAUGGGGGCUGGAUCAGAAGCUCAUCUGCAGAGAUGCUGGAUAAACAGCCUCUCCCCGUCCCUGGGAGGUGGGCAAUAUCAGCUGAAAGGAGAAGGGAAAUGCAAAGCCUAGUUGAGAAGCAGCACCAGGAUCAUGCUCAUGGCAGCAGGCCCCAUGCCACCUGGUGUGCAACGGGGAGCUCCCAGCUGGUGGCAGCCCUGGACCUGGGGCACAUCAGGACCAAAAUUCAGGGCUUUGAAGAGUUGGUCUCAGAGCUCAGGCAUGGAGUUACUAGGUCAUUGCUAGAGCUGAAAGGUGCCAGCGUUAAGCUGCAGGCUCAGGUUGGCUCCAUUGCAGCUGAAGAAUGGAAAGACAGCCCUGGAGAAGGCAGGCAUGGAGCUAAGAGAGUACCCAAAGGACCUGAGAGUGAUGGGAAGACCAACCUGGGGCAGGAGACCGUGCUACUGGGAGAAACCUCACUCAUGCAGAGUGCAGUGGAGGAGGUGGUAGUGGGGUCAGAAGGGCUUGAAGGGUGGCAGGAGCCACCACAUGGACUGGAAGAGACUGAAGGGGGAAAUGAUGGGGAGAAAAACAUGGCAGCACACGAGUCUACCGCUAACCCCUUGGAGCUGGCUGAGCAGGACAUAGGGGAUUAUGGCAAGGCGGAAGCCACAGACACCGCAGUGACUGGCCACCUUAGGGAAGAUGAUCAGUAUUUGGUAGUGGAAACACCUCCCAAGGGAACCCUGGUGCUAGCAGAAGUGAACGUGGAAGAUAUUGUAAAGGAGUGUUUAACUGGAGACCAUAAUCCCAUGGGAGAUGCAGUCAGCGGGGAGGAACUGCCUGCAGGAGAGAGACCAGAGGCAGACUGUGCAGUGCAAGCAGAAGAGGCACCGGUGAGUGAGGAAGCCCAAAAUUCAACAGAGGACUCAUCCUCCCAGGACAUCCCGGGGCCAGUUAAAGAGGAAACGGAGGAGAAAGUGGAAAACAGCUCCACAGAAAAGCAGCUCUUGGCUGGUUAUAGUAAUGACUGUGAAAGGCAAGAUGGAAAAGAUGGAAAUGGAGAGGAAGAGAAGGAAGAGAGGAAUCUGCUUGGAGAUCAUGGGAUGAAGGUUGCUCCAGCUCCCACAGGGCCGUCGAGGGAUGGAUCCGGAGGAGAAAUGGGUGACUUGGGCAACAGAGCAGUGUCAGAGCCCCAGGAGCCUCGUGGUGGACACCCACAGGCCACAAAGACUGUGAGCUUUGCUGUCUUGCGUCGCACUUCUUCCCGGGUGGCCUGGAGAGUGGAGGACAUCCCAGUUCCACGCUCGGGCAACUGUUCCGCACCAGAGCAAGGGGAGGAGCUGUUGCCUCCAGCAAACCCUGCAGACACACGAGCUCCAUCGCCAUCUGCAGAGGAAGCCCAGCAGGAACCUCCCUCCCUCCGAAGGACGGUAAAGAAAACCCGCAGAUUCGUUGUGGACGGGGAGGAAGUGAGCGUGACGACUGCCAAGGCUGUCAGCAAGGCUGAGACGAGGGAGGAGAAGAUGCGUUCUGCUCGGCGCCAGGAGCUCCGUGAGCUGCGGGUGCUGCAGAAGGAGGAGCAGAGGGCGCAGAGCCAGCUGGAGCAGAAGUUUCACCAGCAGCGGGGGCAGAUGUUUCGGAACAUCGAGCAGGAGAUGACGAGCAAGAAGGAGUAUUAUGAUCGGGAGGUGGAGACCUUGGAGCGUCACUAUCAGCAGCUGAAGGAGCGCCAGGAGUGCGAGUACACGGUGAAGCUGCGUGAUGAAGCCAAGCGCCUGAAGUCCCUCCAGGAGAAGAAUGGCGAGAGGAGGAUGCAAGAGCUGAAGGGCAACAGGAGAGAGGAGCAGCGGUUCCUGCAGCAACAGCAGGAGGAGCUGAACGCAUCCUUGCAGAGAGUUGUCCAGGAACAUAAGAAGAAGAUGAUGUCCAUCAACUGGGAGUACAUCAGCAAGAUCCACAGCCUCCGCAGAGCCCGUGAGUCCAGAGUGUGGAGCAUGGAGCAAGGGCACCUGCAGGAGAAGUACCAGCUCUUCAGGCGGCAGGUGAAGGAGCAGCACGUGCUGCAGCGGCAGCAGCUCCACAAGCGCCACGAGAAGGAGACAGAGCGGAUGAACCGUUUCCACCACCUUUUGCUGGAGGAGCUCAGGAACCAGCAGGCCCAAGAACGGGCUCAGCUGCUGAAAAGCCAGCGCUGCGACGCCAAGGCCCGCCUGGCCCUCUUCAAAGGCAACCUGAAGAUCCAGGAGGUUAAUGGGGCCAAGCACAGAGAGAGAGCCAAGCAGUUCCUGCAGCAGGAAGACAAGCGGCAGAGAGUGGAGGUGCAGCAGCAGCAGGAGCAGCACAUGCAGCAGCUGCAGCAGUUGCAGCAGCAGCAGGCUGAGAGCCUGGGGGAACUGGAGCAGAUGCAGAGUGAGAAGAUGCGCCUCUUGGCUGAGCAGGAGAGGAGACAGCUGGCGCGGCUGGACGGUGAACACGCCAUGGAGCUCAGUGAGUGGAAGCAGCGGCUGGCUGUCCGCAAGGAGAUGCUCGAGGAGGAGCUGACGAACUCCCUGCCUGUGCAGCAGCAAGGCGGGUCACACCGCAUCCACAGCAGCAGAAUCUCCCGCUUCCUCCACCUCCUCUCCUAAUCCUACACUGUGGCUUCUGGGGAAGAGCGAGAGCGGUGGCCGCUGGCAGCCUCCCAGGGACUGGAGCCGAAAGUAGCUGUAGAAAAUGCGAGGUGGGGCAGCCCCAGGACACUGAGCUAUGGCCAGCCUACAUGGGGCAACCAGGCCAGGACGCAGCGUGGAUCGCGGGGAUGGCAGAGACAAAAGGGGUGUGUGUUCGAGCCCUCCUCGGUUCCUCCUGUGCAGCCUGGUCUCCCUGUGCUGGAAGAGCCAGGACGAAACAGCUGCUACCACCUGGAAUGGCCCUGGAAGCCCCUCAGUGGAAGUCACCGGGCAGAUCUUGAAGCCAUGGAUACGCAGGUAUUGCUGGUGCCUCCAGUAUGCGCCUGUCCUGCUGGAUCACCCUUCAGCUGAGUUGCAA